CUAUCAGCCAGUCCCUGUAUUGGAGCUUGUCGUGCUGUUGACUGACUGGCUGCUGCCUCCACUCUACCACAACGUCGCUUAUAGUAACCACUAGCAUUGAUCUCGUGACGACGUCAGUGGCGGCACAUUACGCGCACGGCACAUACAUCCCUCAUUGUAACUGCUGGCGAAGUGUUCGGCCUCUACUUUGCAGAGUUUCACGAACACCGUAAUCAGGAGAAUGUAUAAGACCGGGCUCCUGAAGGUGUAGGGCAACCGCAAAGUCUUUAUAAGUCUUUAAACAAGGAACACCAGAACGGAUAACAUUUACACUGGAACAUUUAUUGAAAGAACACACAGCUGACAGUUUGGCUUGUGUGUGUAAUGAGAUUCUAAGAGGAAAUAAUUGCUGUUCAUUAAGACGCGAGACGUGUCUGUUGAUGCCCUGUAAUCUCAACACUCAAUCUGGAGGAGGUACCCGAAUACGAUACACAGUGAGUGGGAGUUGGUGCGACUUCUAUGAUUGUUUUCGGAAGCUUUAGUAUUGUUUCGGGCGUUGCGUGGAUGUUAUUCCAGCCAUGUUGACAAUACCUUCUGGUGGUCAGUGUGCGUCGGCGAGGACAACCGACAGAUAAAGAAGGGCGUCCGGUCAAGAAAAUCUGGACACCUGUCGGAGAGGGAUUUAACGCUUGUAAUCCUCUCUUUACAGCCUGCCACUCCAGCAAUACGCAAUGCUGCAGAUCAUUUAGUCAACAUUUACCUACCUGAUGGAAAAACUUCUAACGUAGAUGCCCUACAGCAAGGGAUUACGAUAAAGAUCUUAGGAGGAACGCAAGGAAACUAAUCGCGGUUCGUUAGUGCUGACAUCCUAGGCUAGAUGUUCUCUGGUAAAGGGGCUCUUAAAGAAACCUGAGACCCACAUUCGCAUUGGACCUCCCUUGAUGAGCGGAGGAAUGCAUUCACACCUGCCUCUGUACCAAACACCUGUUGUGAGGAGCCGAGAUGGGGGAAGAGGAAGUACUACUCAUUGAAACCAGGAACCCCAACUUUACGGAUUACCUUCCUUUGGAUGACCACAUCACCGGUGAAUGGUCAAUGACCACUCCCAGAACCUCUAAGGAAUAUGUGUGGACCCCGGAGGUUAAGGAACGUAUCACUGUCGUUGCUAUUAUAAUGGUAUGUACGAUUGUUGGCAAUUCUGUGUUGAUGUUGAUGCUGUUGUGUAAGCAGUCGAGAAGGAUUAAAAGGGUGAAUGUGUUUCUUGUCAACUUAGCCAUUGGAGAUAUAGCUGUAGCUCUCAUUACCAACACAACUGAGAUUCUCUUUCUUGCCUUUGGAGAUUGGGCUUUGGGGCCUGUUUUAUGCAAGCUCUCUGUUUAUUUACAAAUAGUGACACUAGCUAGUGCGACCUUUCUGCUAACAGCCAUGAGUAUUGAUAGAUACCAAGUGAUCGUGAAACCUAUGCAGACUUUAGCCAAUCGACCUAGGAUAUGGUUAAAGGUGACAGUUGCCUGGACGAUGGCCUUUGUGUUCGCGCUGCCUCAGUUAGCUAUAUUUGUACAGGUGAACAAAGGUGUAAAGUAUGACGGGACGCCAAAACGCCUCUGCCUCAGUCGAGGCUACACAGAGGAAUGGCAGCGCAAGUUCUAUUUUACAUUCAUGACAACAUACAUUUUACUGGUUCCAGCAUGUGUCAUGUUAUUCUGUUAUACUAAUAUCAUUACAGUUGUGUGGGCUCGCGCUUCCACAAACGAGCAUCCAAGUAGUAAAUCACACUCUCUUUACGGUAAAAAACGACCUACUCCGACACCUGCUACCACAGGACAGGAUUACCCAAGGAUAUCCGUUCGUCGGGGCUUAGUCACAGCAUCCAAACGAAGAGCAAUUGUGAUGACCUUGACCGUGAUCAUCGGUUUUCUCGUGUGCCUCACGCCAUAUUUUAUUGUCACGUUGAUGAGGAUAUAUUCCAAUUAUAAGCUAAAACUAAAAGAUGCCUUAGUCGUAUCUGAGAACAUUUUCAUGACCCACAGUGCUCUGAAUCCAGUUCUCUAUGGCCUCUUUACAUUACGACCCAAACAUUUGAAGAGAAUAGGCCGAUGUCUGUGCUGUAGCAGUAGAAACACACGGAAAUCGAGCGAAAAAAAUAGACUUAUAAAUGGAGGUACGCAUCGAAAGUGUCAAGCAUCUGAAGUUACCUUCAAGACCAAAGCGAAGCGAAUUCCCCUUCCUCCUCCGGAAGUAACCAACGACUUAGUGGCUGAAAAUACGCAUGCGCUCAUGUUGCUGGAUAAAGGAAAUACGACAACGAGCGUGGGUGACGGAUAUGAGAGAACCAUUGACGCCAAAAGAGCUCUGUGCAGUGAAAGUUACCGGAAGUAUGGUCCUCAGGAACAGUGGAUGGCGAGUCGCAAGAUUAACAAUGAUGAAUGCCUUAGUGCAGUAUAAUUACAAGAGGCUGAUUUGCUGCUAAUGGCAUCCCUCUUGGGAAAGAUUUCAUGCUGCACCACUAGUUGUGUCGUGCCAUUAUGUCGGACAUACACAUACAUACUACAUCAUCUGGACUUUCAACAGACCAUAUGCAAAUAUCAGGAAUGGGUUCAGCGUUAUUAAGUGUAUGUUCUCCAUUCCAUAUUUAACUUUUAGCCUCUCCUCUAUUGUUUUAAAAUUUUAAUCGGUUCUAUGAGACUACAAGCAUUAAAUUACUCAUUACAAUAUCGUGA